AUGGCGGCCACAGUCGCGACAAGACUCGUCAAUGACAAUGAAACACCACCCCUUACCCCCAACCCCACGUCGGUUGUUGAAGUGUCGGAUGCGGUGAUCAUAUCUCCGGCCGCUGAACCUCCCGCUGUUGCGAUCACUCCGUCUGAUCCCUGGCCCCGGCCCUACUAUGUCGAAGAUGGCCUUCGCCGCGUCGUACCGUACCAUUACACCUACAACACGUGGUGCAAGGAGCGUUGGCGCGGUCGCAAGCUGAUGGAAAUAUUUGAGGUCGAAUUCCGGGACCGGCCGGCCGAGUAUUACCGUAACGCCGUUGAGACCGGCCUAGUUGUCGUCAAUGGCAAGGCCGUCGGUCCCGAACACGUCCUCAAAAAUGGUGACCUCAUCUCCCAUACCACUCACCGUCAUGAGCCUCCCGUCACAGCCGAGCCCAUUCGCGUGAUUCACGAAGACAAUGAUCUGAUUGUUAUCAACAAGCCGUCCGGUGUCCCCGUCCACCCCGCUGGCCGCUACAACUACAAUUCCGUUGUCGAGAUUAUCAAGUCCGAGAGGGGACCUGGUUUCUUACCGCGUCCUUGCAACAGACUUGACCGGCUCACCAGCGGUAUCAUGUUUCUUGCCAAAAGUCAGCACGCGGCCGAGCGUCUCGUUGCUCAAAUCUCUCAACGCAGUGUCCGCAAGGAGUACAUCGCCAGGGUUGUUGGCAGGUUUCCCGACGGUGAAGUGGUUUGCGAUCAACCCAUCCUUCAGAUUUCCCCCAAACUAACCCUCAACCGUGUGCGCGCCAACGGCAAGGCGGCUCGAACCGUUUUCAAGCGCCUGGCCUAUUAUCCUCCCGUUGACCCUCCUACCAAGGGUCAGACCGAACAACCGGCUAUGCCGGACCCAGAGCAAGCGGCGCAGAGGAGGGGCGAAGGAGAGGGAUAUUCCAUUGUCCGCUGUCUUCCCGUUACCGGAAGGACUCAUCAAAUCCGGGUUCAUCUCCAAUUUUUAGGUCACCCCAUCCAGAAUGACCCGAUCUAUGCCAAUCAAAAGGUUUGGGGGUUUGAUCUCGGCCGUAACGAUGCCGACGCAGCUCGAAACAGUGACGAGGAUAUCAUCUCCCGUCUCUCUCGGAUGGGCAAAGAGGACAUUGCUGAUGCGGUUGCCUAUUAUGACGAGAUGGUGGACAACUACCAUAGGAAGAAGGCGGAAAAGAUGUCUGGCCAACUUUGUGACGUUUGCCGGACACCGCUCUAUACAGAUCCUGGCGAGCAAGAGCUUUCGCUCUGGCUUCACAGUCUCAGAUAUGAGGAUGCUGAUGGAGCAUGGAGCUAUGUGAGCCCCUUGCCCGCCUGGGCCUUACCUCCGAGUGGUAUGACCGGACCGACAGAGGUAGGCGGAAUGGAUGAUCUUGUAAGCGCUGUCGAUGCAAGCUCAACAUAA